AUGAUCCCCAUUGUGCUGGCCUCUGUGCUCAUCGCUAGCGCCCUCGGGUGCGGUACCCCAACCAUCGAACCCCUGACUUCUCGAGUGGUCAAUGGAGAAGAUGCGAUCCCCCACAGCUGGCCCUGGCAGAUUUCCCUGCAAUAUGAAAGGGAUGGAGAGUGGAGGCACACUUGUGGAGGAUCUCUGGUUGCUGCCAACUGGGUCAUGACUGCGGCUCACUGCAUCAACACCAAACUGUCCUACAGAGUGGUUGUGGGAAAACACAACCUGGUGGAGGCAGAAGCUGGCGCUCAGGCGAUUGUGCCAGAGAAGAUCAUUGUCCAUAGACAGUGGAACCCCAUCCUCGUGGCUCUCGGUAACGACAUCGCGAUGGUCAAACUGUCCGAGCCCGUGACUUUGGGCGACCACGUUCAUCUGGCCUGCAUUCCCUCAGCAGAGAGCCUUCUUCCAAACCAGUACCCCUGCUACAUCACCGGCUGGGGCAGGCUCUACACUGGAGGACCCAUUGCGGAUAAGCUGCAGCAGGCCCUGAUGCCUGUUGCUGACCACGAGACCUGCACUCAGAACGACUGGUGGGGCGUGGCCAUCAGGAGGUCCAUGGUCUGUGCUGGAGGAGAUGGUGUUGUGGGAGGAUGCAAUGGGGACUCCGGUGGCCCCCUGAACUGUAAGAAUGCUGAUGGCACCUGGGAGGUCCACGGCAUUGCCAGCUUUGUCUCUGGUCUUGGCUGCAACUUCAUCAGGAAACCCACCGUGUUCACCCGUGUCUCUGCUUUCAACGAGUGGAUCGAUGAGGUCAUGAUGAACAACUAA